AUGGAAGGAUAUAGAACCGUAAAUUUAAAGUAUUAGAACAAGAGAAAAGACACAAUUCAAUUUGGAACUCUCUUCAAAUACAAUGAUAAAAACAUUGAAAAGAUUCAGUAGCGAGAGAACUAAGAUAACUUAUUGUUCUAACCAUCGAAAACUAUUCAGAUGAUUAGACCUUUAUAAGCUACUGAAAUCCCUGGAAUAGUCAAGCGAAUCUUUGACAACAAGUAAAUUCAGUAAAAGUUCACUUAAUUACGCUCUAAACAAAGAGCUUAAUCAUAGAGAAGUCCCAAGAGGAGAGAUAUGAGCAAAAUCAAAAGUGAACCCUCAAAUAUGAAUGUUUUAGAAUACUAGUCUUAGUAGUAAUAGUCUCUGGACGGUAAAAAGAAAUCCAUUAAAGUAGAGCGAGACAUUAUGACACCAUUGACUGACAGGCCUAGAAGAGAUACUUACAUUAACAAUGAUGAAAGAUUAGAUAAAGACUUCUUUAGAUAAUAGGACAUUCACUUCAAGCAGAGCAUUAAAGAAGAUCAUCACAUGACAUAAGUAUUAAGAGACUAUGACAAGAGUAGACAAAGUGAAAAAGAAAAAUAUUCGAGCAUCCUAAAUCCGAUUUCUUAGUAAAUAAUAAAUGCUCGGAGAAGAUCUUCAAACAUCUUUGAAAUUAUAAAAUAGAAGGAGAAAGAAAAUAAUGAUAAAAAUAAAGCAUUAAAGGAAGGAGGAAACAUAGGUUACGAUGAAGAGAGAGCCUAGAAAAUAAUCUAGUUAUUUGAAGACAAGAGAAAGGAAAAGCUCCUUUCACCUAAUAACUGUAAGUAUAAGACAAAGUAUAAAAAUGAGAUUAGACAUUAUAACCCAAAUAAUAUAAUGGAUAGACUUAUUGUUUAGAAUCAUGGCAGUAAAGAAUAUACCUCUAAAUUACUUAACAAAAUGUCUAAAAACAUCGAAUUUUAUCUUUAGCCCUCUAAGAGACCUUAAACUCAUAAUUUAUCUUUGAGAAAAAAACUGACAACAGAGUCAGAAGAUGAUAAUGCUAGCACUAUCUUCACAGAAAAUAUCCAACGAGAAGACUCAAAUUAGAUUUAACUAUAAUUGAUGUCUAAGAGAACUAGAAGUCUGGAUAAUCCAUCUAGUUCUCAAAGAAACAUUAGGACUCCUUCGUAGUUUUAACAAUCAUCUUAUUAGCUUACAAGAGAAAUGGAAGAGACUUACAAAAUAUAUAAUAGUCUUUAGCAUACAAAUGGCAGCACUAAAGGUAUAUUCACAAAAAAUAUUCCAGAUUCAUAAUUAAGCCCAAUGGUAUUAGAUAUAAUUUCUAAUGCAUUAAACUCAAUUAAACUUAAAAACCUAAGAGGUAAAAAAUAAAGUUGUUCAGCCUUCUACCAAUAUUUCCAGGAUAAGAUCUACAAAUGA